AUGACAAACCAACAGGACCGCUGGUCCAACCAGGGAAUGCCCCUAGGCCAAAAUUUCAAAUACGUCGGAGCCUCACAUCAGGAAGGUGACUCGAACCGUCCAGCGCUAGCCUCCAACCGCCAGAACUUGCCGGUGUUGCCUCCCCCUGCCACGUUGGAGGCCGGUGGUCAGCCCUUCUCUCCAUUCCCCAACUUGCCUGCUUUGGGCAACAGAGCCAAUAACUCCACAGGACAUGUGUUUACUAUCCCUCUGAUAAGCUCCAGUGACGAUAGACGCCCCUCUGGUGGGCAUGCUACCACCCAGGGUGUUUCACCUGUGAGCUCCUCGGCAGCACCUCCAGGGGGCCCAGGCUCUGCUCCUCACCUUCCUCACGUCCUGCAAGGCUUUUCUGCGCUUCCUCAGAAUCCUCCUUCACGGUCUUCAAACUCAAUCUACAAUAUCACCAACAGGGAACCUCAGCCGCAGCAGCCUCAAGAUAAGACUGUGAAACAGGAACAGCAGCACGGAGAUCACUCGCAACAACAACAACAACAACAACAACAACAACAACAACAACAACAACAACAGCAGCAACAACAGCAACAACAGCAGCCAUCACAGCAACAGUCCCAACCUUUCCCUCAGGACUCUCUGCUGCAUGGACCCCUGCCUCUGCAAUCUCAUCAAGCUCCUCAUCUGGCUCCUCAAAGUUCCAAACUGCUGCAGCAGGCCCAACAGCAACCUCAACAACAGCAACAGAUGGGUCCCCACGAGCACCAGCGCACGUCUCUGGCUCCAAUUGCUCAGGUCUCGCUGCAACUGCAGCCUCAUCAGGCCCCUGGUGCUGCUACUGCGGCACCACAAGCCCAACCUGGGCCUCUUCCUUCAGGAGUGUUAAACCGCUCGUCGACUUCAAGCGCUUACAGACCUUUGAACGUGAAGGAUGCGUUGUCUUACUUAGAUCAGGUGAAAAUCCAGUUCUAUAAUCAAGCAGACGUUUACAAUAACUUUUUGGAUAUCAUGAAGGACUUCAAGCUGCAGAGUAUUGAUACUCCAGGUGUGAUAGACCGUGUAUCUAACUUGUUCCGGGGCCAUCCAAACUUAAUCCAGGGAUUCAACACAUUCUUGCCUCCAGGCUAUAGAAUCGAGUGCUCUUUGGAUCCUUCCGAUCCAAAUCCCAUUAGAGUGACGACCCCUACAGGAACUACGACGAGACCCAACAUAAACAUACCUCCAGGACAACAGCAACAGCAGCAGCAAUGGGGAAACGAACAAAUGCUUCCCCAUCAAAUGCAGCAAUUUCCCGGAGACCAACAACAGCCUGUUUCUGGUGGCCAAGUUGAAUUUAAUCACGCUAUUUCUUACGUCAACAAGAUAAAGACUAGAUUUGCUAAUCAGCCUGAUAUCUACAAACAAUUCUUGGAAAUUUUGCAAACCUAUCAGCGCGAGCAAAAGCCCAUUGGUGAAGUUUAUGAACAAGUUACCCAGCUUUUUGCUGGCUCGCCUGACUUACUUAAUGACUUCAAGCAAUUUUUGCCAGAUAGUGGCAAUCAACCACUUUUGCAGCAUAAAUCACAAGAUGGGCCAGGUCUUUUAGUGCAUGGUGCUCAGCCUCAUUUGCACGGUGUUGACAAACCACCUUAUUUCCAAGGCAAUAACGGAUCUCAGCUACCACCUUUGGGUAACUUCCAGCCCUCUGCGGGUGGACCCGUUCUUAACGGUGAACAACAAUAUCGACCUCAUUACGAGAUACCGCCACAGGAAGUUGCAAUGCAAGGCGCCAUGAUGCACGAAGAUUUGAGAAGAAGAUCAGAGCAUCUGGCUUUUGAGAAUAACUAUAACGACGAGGCACAAUAUUCAAGCGUUCGUGGUGCUCUCCAACCUUCUAACAACCUGAAGCAUGGUACUCCAGGUGCUCAACCAUAUGUCAAGAAUGGUGUCAAGGUCAAUCCAUCAUUGGUGCCAGGUAUUCCUGAGCCAGUUCCGCCAACGGCUGCUGUUAGGCAAUCUUCGUUACUGGAGGAGUUGGGCUUCUUUGAUCGAGUCAAGAAAGCUAUUGGCAACAAGCAAGCUUACAACGAGUUCUUGAAAUUCCUCAAUCUUUAUUCUCAAGAUAUCAUCGACAAAGCUACUUUGGUUGAAAGAGUUGCAUUCUUCUUGGGCGAUACCCACCAGGAUUUGCUUAACUGGUUCAAGCUGUUUGUAGGUUACAAGCCUGAAACUCAACACAUUGAGGAUAUCACAUUUAAGAAACAUCAAAUUGAGCUUUCGCUUUGCAAAGCAUACGGACCUUCCUAUAGACAGUUACCAAAGGUUGAAACCUAUAUGCCAUGCUCAGGUAGGGACGAGAUGUGCUGGGAGGUGCUUAAUGAUGAGUGGGUGGGGCAUCCAACAUGGGCUUCAGAAGAUUCAGGCUUUAUCUCACACAGAAAGAACCAAUACGAAGAAAUUCUUUUUAAAAUUGAGGAAGAGAGAUUGGAGUUUGAUUACCACAUCGAGGCCAAUUUGCGUACUAUCCAAACCUUGGAAACUAUUGCCAACAGAAUCGCCAACAUGACCGCUGAGCAGAAAGCCAACUUCAAACUUCCGCCUGGUUUAGGCCAUACCUCCCAGACCAUUUACAAGAAGGUCAUCAGAAAGAUCUAUGACAAGGACAGAGGUUUUGAAGUCAUUGAUGCUUUACACGAGAACCCAGCCAUUGCGGUUCCGGUUGUCUUGAAAAGAUUGAAGCAAAAGGACGAGGAAUGGAAGAGAGCUCAGAGGGAGUGGAACAAGGUCUGGAGAGAGAUGGAGCAAAAGGUAUUUUACAAAUCUCUCGAUCACUUGGGAUUGACAUUCAAGCAAGCUGAUAAAAAGCUUUUAACUGCGAAACAGUUGGUCAGUGAAAUCAGUACAGUAAAAGUCGAGCAACAAAACAAGAGAGUGCAUCCUUUGACGCCAAAGCCUCAAGAGCAGCUUCACUAUAAGUUCGAAGAUUUCGAAGUUGUUUAUGAUAUUUUAGGGCUAGCUGAAUUCUUCAUUUUCCACUCGUCAAACUACUCCAGCGGUGACAGAGAUAAGUUAGGUGCAUUUUUCAAAUACUUUGUCGGCUUCUUCUUUGGCAUACCUCAAGAGAGGAUAGAAGAAGCAUUAGCUGCAAGAAGGCUGGAUGAGCCCGAGAAGGAAGGGGAGGUCAGCGCAGUUGAAGAAAAUGGCACAGUAGUCGAACAAAAUGGAGCCUCCGAGACAUCCAGCACUAAAAAGCGAAACCGUGAUCCAGAUUUGUUGCGUGACGUUUUGAAGAAGCAAUCCAAGCCUAGAAAAGAUGAAAAAGAUGCCUCUUCUGCAAGUGAAUCCGAAGAACCAGAUCUUGCUAACGAGGUUGAGAAAUCUGGUGAGUUAUGGAUCCGCACGGCGUCAUCAACGUUCUCAUUGGAUGAGAUGUCCAGAGAGCAAAAGCGUGAUAGAUAUAAUUUCUUCUGCAACACCACUAUCUAUGUCUUUUUCCGUCACUUCAGAACACUUUAUGAGAGAUUGGAAGAAAUUAAAGGUAUGAACGAAGAGGUUGCAAAGGAAAUCAGAUCUCGUACAACUCCCCAAUUCGCCAAGGAUCUCAACCUUCUAUCACAUCAGCUUGAAGAGGUCGGUGUCCAAAUUGACGGAACGAAGGAUUGUUACAAGCAAGUUUUAUCGUUGACUGAAAGAUUACUCGAUGGUGAUAUUGAGCAUCAAUGGUUUGAGGAGAGCUUACGUCAAGGUUACUGUAAUAAGGCGUAUAAAUGUUACACGAUUGAUAAGGUUGUUCAGGCCCUCGUGAAGCACAUGCAUACGAUGAUUACAGACUCCAAGACCUCAGAAAUGGUUGUGUUAUUUGAACAAGAUAGGAAUACUCCCGCUUCUACUGCCAAAGACCAAAUUUUGUACCGUAUGCAAGUGAGGUCUCUCAUGAGCAAUGAAGAAAAUAUGUUCAAGAUUGUUCUUCACGAGCCAGACAACUCAGUGAUGAUAGAGUUCGUUGCCUUGGACGAUUUGACGAUCAACGACCACGAGAACGCGGAGGAGAGCUACAAUUACUACGUCACAUCUUACGUCAUGUCCCACCCGACUGAAGGUGUCCCGGCUUCUAAGAUCAACAUGCCUUUCCACAAACCAUUCAUAGAUGCAGUUGAGGAGGAACAAUGCGAGGGCAAGGCUGUCUCUGAUCUCAGGGUUUCUAUUUGUGAGAAUUCAUAUCGUCUCUUCUUCGAGCCUGGUGCUUAUGAUAACUUCACAUCUAAUCUGAUUCUACAAAAGCAGAAGGAUGCGACACAAUCACAUGAGGAAAAGUUGGAUGCUUUGAACAAACUACUAGAUGAUGAAGAAGUUGGCUGGGCGGCAAACUGUAGCGCAGAGCAAAAGCAAAAACUCGAACUGGACUUUGAUAUUCUUCUCGAAAAGGGUGCUACUGAAUACAAGGCUGCUACGAAAGCUGACGAAGACAUUGAGAUGAGAGAUGCUGAUGAAACUACGGAAAAGGCAGAUGCAAGCGAGGAGGUGCCACAAGAAGACGAAAAAAGGAAGGGCGGUGAAGCGAAGGAUGCAAAACCCGACGACACAGCAUCGAAAGCAAACCCAGACACAACGAUGGACGCAGAUACCACAAUUUAUCACGAUCCAAAUGACACGACCAUCCAACAGGACGUUAAUGAGACUACUAAUGAAGAUGAUACUAUCAAUGCGGGAGUUGAGACUGACAAGGCCUCGAAGGCAGAGUCCAAUGAAGCAAGGGCGGACGAGCCCCAUUCAUAG